AUGAGCAUAGAUGCACUUUCCCCGUUGGUUGCCUGUGCAACACGGGCAGUCGUGAAGAACGGUGAAACAAGAUCAAUAGCGGGCGCCCUGGACGACCUGCAGCAGCAGAUAUUCGGAGCUGAAGAGACGCAUGGGGUGACCACGGAGAUGAUGUUGGAGCGCAUACGUGAAACUCGGGUACUCUUGGCCCAAGACUCAGAAUCUGGCAAGAGCAACCUGAGCACUGAGUGGCUACUUUUAGAGGCGGUGUUGACUCUUGGUGAGCUGCUACUCAGCGCUGCUGCCGGGCAAAGGUUGCGCACCAAGACAGCGAAACGGAUGGAGGACGUUAUUCUUCCCAUCCUUUUCCUGCGUACAAGCGUUACGCCGUCGCUGCUGAAAGCGCACGCUUUGAAGGCAGUGUGGUCAAGGUUCAAAUGCAGCGGGAAGGCUGACAACGAAGCGAAAGAGAAAUUGCAGUGCAUUUUCAUGUCGUGGCACCGCAACCACGGCUGGGAUUUUGCACGGAGCAGCGAAGACGGCGUCAACGUAUCCAAGCCGACUCCCACUCCUUACGAGGCAGCCGAUAUCACGAUAUCUGCACUUGAAAAGAAACCCGCCUGCUGCUCAGCGCCGCCGAAGUCGCCGCAGGAGCGGGUAGUGCUCCGCGACAUUCCAUGGAAUGCGGCAGCGCGGAAGAACGCAACGAGUGGCAUUCCGUCCUAUCUGCUCACCAAAAGGAGACGGUGCGACCCUAUUUAUCACUCCGGCAGCCUCACUUCUACACGCGCUGACGAGGGAGCUCCAAAACCCUUGCCGGCCACGCCACAGUCACCAUCACAUACAAUCAUAGAUCAAGCUAGAUGCCAGCUCAACCCUAGCAUUCUCGCGCUGGACUCCCCGGUGAAGCGGCGCAGACGCGAUUUCACCGUUGAUGUGCCACCCUCACCCGACCGUCCAGAAUAA